GGUGGCAAAUGUCUGCGUAACCAGAAGAGCAUCUGUCCAAGCACAUCGAAAGCGUUUCUGAACAGAUGACAAUAGAAUCCAAACCCUUACUGGCGAAGAAGUAAAAGUGGAAGCUAUAACCGAAAGCCAAGACAAGAUUUUAAAAAAAAAAGAAGAUAUAUUAAUAUCUUAAAAAGGAAGAAGAAGAAAGUUCUCUCUCAGGUCCGUCGAUAAAAUUUACCGAAAAUGAUAACCAAUCUUUUACGAGCGGUGCCGACGGCGUUGCUGAGGAUGAUCGUGUUGGCUGUGGUCAGAGAGGCUGGCGAACACAACUACGAUUCGUCGAACAAUCUCUUGGACCAGUAUGAUUUCAUUGUGGUGGGAGCAGGAACAGCCGGAGGAAUCCUGGCGGCGAGGUUGUCAGAAGUCAGCAAUUGGAAGAUCUUGCUGCUAGAGUCCGGAGGCCCCCCGCCCCCCGAGAGCUACGUGCCCGCCUUCAACAUAGCGCUGAUCGAGGGCGAUGCCGACUGGAAUUUCCGACGCGUCCCGCAGCGCUACAGCCACAGGGCCUACCAGGACCACGUGUGCCCCUUCCCGCGCGGCAAAUGUCUGGGCGGCUCCUCGGUGCUGAACUGGAUGAUGUACGUGAGAGGGAACAGGAGGGACUACGACAACUGGGAGGCUAUGGGCAACCCGGGCUGGGACUACGAGUCUGUCCUCCGGUACUUCAAGAAGGCCGAGGGCUACCGCGGGAAAAGGAAUAUUCAUACAGGUUCCUACCACGGGCGCGACGGACCCCUGACGGUGGAGGACAAGCGCUGGAGUUCGCCCCUCCUGACGGGGUUCCUGAAGGCGGGCCAGCAGCUAGGCUACCAGAUCGUGGACCCCAACGGACCUGAGCAGAUCGGUUUCUCAGUCGCCGACAUGACUCAGCGAAACGGCCUGCGGGGAUCCACGGCAGAGACCUACAUCAAGCCCGCCGCCGCUCGACCCAACCUGCACGUGGCGGUCAACGCGCACGUCACUAAGAUUCUCUUCGAUGAGAACAAGCGAGCGAUCGGCGUCCGAUUCCAACAGAAGGGAAAAAUGAGGACGGUGAGGGCACGCAGAGAGGUCAUCUUGUCUGCUGGUGCCAUCGGAUCCCCUCACUUACUCCUCCUGUCGGGCGUAGGGCCAGCCAAGCACCUGCAGCAGCAUGGGAUCCCGGUAUUGGUCGACCUCCCCGGGGUUGGCCUUAACCUGCAGGACCACCCGUCCAUCUUCGGCCUCGCUUGGACCACCAGGAAGGGCGUCUCCAUUUCCAUCCCGAGAUUGGCGGAUCCAAAGUCCGUCAAGGAUUUUAUUUUCAAUAGACAAGGCCCCUUCACCAGCCCCUUUGGAGUAGAGGGGAACGCCUGGAGUCUGGCUGAGAAGGGUGACCCAUAUUGGCCUGACCUCCAGUACCUCUUCAUCUCCGGCACCCCGGCACUGGACAGCGGACUCGCCAUCUGGGACCUGAUCGGCUACAGGAGAGAGGUAUUCUUCGAGUAUUUCGGCCACAUGCUGGGUCGCGACGGCUUCUCCAUCGGACCCAUGCUGACCAGACCCAAGAGCCGCGGGACCGUCAAGCUGGCGUCACGUGACCCCCUGCAAGCACCGCUCAUCGACCCCAAUUUCCUCAGCCAUCCCGAUGACGUUGAAACUUUCGUCAGAGGCAUAAAGUUCGCGCUCUCGGUGGGCAAUACUUCGGCCCUGCGAGACGAUUUUCAAGCCAUCUUCAAUGAAAAGGUGUUGCCCGUAUGUGAUCACGAAGUUCCCGGAUCGGACGCUUACUGGUCGUGCUACGCCCUCAGUAUGGCGUCCACCACCUUCCACCCGUGCGGCACGUGCAAGAUGGCUCCCGACUCGGAUCCCUACGGCGUGCUUGACCACAACCUCAAAUUGCGAGGCGUGUCCGGGCUGCGUGUAAUCGACGCGUCAAUGAUGCCUCUGAUUACAACUGGCAACCUGAACGCGCCAGUUGCCAUGAUCGCCGAGAAAGGAGCGGAUAUAAUCAAGUCAGAUUGGGGCGCUCCUGUUGAUCCUUUGCCGUAGAAUUUAUCCGUUAAUGCUUUCCGAUAUUACGUUAGUUUUUAAAAGUUACAUUGAGAGAAGAAACAAUGGUCUUUUUACGUUACCGAAACAUUGAAUUGUUAAUGUGGUCGGCAACAUGCCCGUCUCUACCUCAGACAAGUACCGUAGUUUCAGUAUGAUGAAAGUCGACGUUAUGCAUAUACAUGAGAGUAUUCCUUAUCUGUUCAUAUCUUUUGCCUCUGCGGUGGAAUCGCUCGCGUCUGCAAUCUAAUCUUUGAUUUUUUUGUGUGUUGCAAUCUCGUAUCAGCAAUGGGAAGUACGUACAACCAUGGCUAUUGUAGUUAUUUCAAUUCUAAAUUUGCAAGAACCUCCGCCCCGUUGAGUGAUAAGUCUACAGUAAUAUAUAUAUGGAGCACGCGAAGCUCUUGAUAAAGUGUACGGUACAACAGGCGUUCUGGUCGAGAGGGGACUAUCAUAUUUCUUAUCUGACCGUUAUUAGGUUAACAUUUUUAAAUAUUAGGAGAACAUCCGCGCUUGUUUUAUGACUAGUUUCCACUUACAUUAUUAUUUGUAAGCACUCAACCAUACCACGCAGUGUAAGCUAAUCCCAAAGUUGUAGGCCUACUUUUCAUCAAACAUCGACCAGUUUCAUGGGAUAUUCUGAGGGUUACGGCCAGACUAUAUACGUAUAUAGUCUUUGGUUACGGCCCAAAUGGCUAAAAAGGCCGGAAUGCAACUGUUUGGAGAUUGAACCUGGCCCUUAGCCUCGUGAAAUCGGGCCAAGUGGUUCAGCGGGUUGCUUCCCCUGGCCUGUGGGAGCGACAUAGCCAUUCUCUCUCUUUCAUCCACUGACAUCUCUUUUUCUCUCCUUUUCAUUUCUCGUCUGCCCCCCCCUCCCCCCAUGUAUCCCUACCAUACCUCUGCCAAUAAAUAAUUUAGUAUUAACAAUCAUCUGUUUUAUUUUUUUUGUAUAAGUUUAUAACACAGCAUUAGUUUGUUUACCUCGUUGCAGUUCUACAGUGUGAUCAUGGUCUGUAUUUUAGCGUUUCUUUUUGAAGACACGGAAUCGCACGUAAACAUA